AUGCUGUUAUUAAAUUCUGCAACUGUUGCUGCCUUUCCACCAAUUCCAUUCUUCUCCCCUUCAAGAUUACAGGUCCAUAAUUAUGGAUGCUCUUGGGUUGAUCAAAAUAAAUUUUAUGGGAAAAGAAAAAUUAGCAAAAGAUUAUCAAGAACCCUCUGUUUUGUGAUUAAAGCUGCUUCUGGGGAAAGUGGUUCAUCUGUAGAGUUUGAUUUGCCAUUUCCAAGUGAUUAUGAUGAGCUUCUGAAACAGGAAAUCGAAUUUCCUACUGCCGGUUUGGACUCGGUUCCGGGUGAUGGUGAAGGAGGUAUAGAGAUGACCGGGAGCAUUCAGAUGAUCCGAGCAUUCUGUGAUCUUACCAUUAGUCCCCAAAAAGCCACUCGAACUCGAAUCUUUUUUCCCGAGGCUAAUGAGGUCACAUUCGCAAGAAAAUCAAUUUUCGGAGGCUCAUCUUUGAAGCUCGAUUACCUAACAAAACCAUCGUUUUUCGAAGAUUUCGGUUUUGGAACAAAAGUGAAAAUGGCCGACCGAGUAAAGCCAGAGGACGAACUAUUCCUAGUUGGCUACCCGUAUUUUAACGUCAAUGAGAUGCUUGUUGUGGAAGAACUUUAUAAAGAAGCCGUGGAGAAAACGAACCGCAAAUUGAUUAUUUUCAACGGUGAACUCGACAGAAUAAGAUCUGGCUACUAUCCACCAUUUUUCUACCCAAAACUGGCUGCACUUUCUAAUUCAUUCUUUCCCAAGAUGGAAACUGUUUAUUACAUUCACAACUUCAAGGGAAGAAAUGGAGGAGCACUUUUCAGGUCCUACCCUGGGCCCUGGAAAGUUCUUAGAAAGAAGAGGGACAAAUACAUUUGUGUUCAUAAGCAGGAAAAAAUGCCAUCUUUAAAGGAAGUUGCACUGGAAAUUCUUCCUUCUGCAUGA